UUUUGUCAUGAUGGAAAACACAUGAAAAUGUCGAGUUGAAAAACAUUUCGCUCAUUUCCAGUUUUUUAGGUAAAUAAACACAUAACUAAACUAUAAUAACACACAGUGACUCAGUUAUAGCUUCAAAGUAUACAUUACUACAACAAUCGCAAAUAUGAAACCAGGAUUAGAAGACUUUGUGAGUGCCCAAAAAGGGAAUAACUUUUCUGAAGAAAAAAUUGAAAAAUCAAAACCAAAGGCAAAGCAGAAAGUAAAGUCAAAAGUGGACAAAAAGACAAGUUUUUCAAAAGGGAAAGUAACCAAACAUUCAAAACCUAAUAGUAGAUUUGAUAAGCUUAUCAAACAGAAACUUGCUAAGCCUGUACAAAAAAGUGACCCAAAGAAGACAGAGCAAAAAUAUCUAAAUGAAUUACAGGCGUCACUUGGUAUUGACAGCACAACUAAAGAUGAAAUAUCUGAAUACUACAAGAACUUAGCUCUUCGCAAGAAAAGCAGCAAAAAGGCAAAGAAAAAUAAGAAAAAGGUUGACUCUACUUCGAAUGACUCUAAUAAUGUACUGUCACAAAAAACAGUUGUGAAACCUGCACCAGCCGUUGACGUUAUUGUUUUUGAUGAUCCAGCGAAACGAAAUUUUGGAAAGAAGAAAAAAAUUAUGUCAGCAUCUUCAGAGGAUGAUAUUUUAGAGCCAAAGGGAAUAAACAUGGGACGUGCAAGAGCUGAGAUUCUGCAACUUGUCAUAACAGGGCUUGAUGGGACCAAAAAAGAAGACGCUAAGCGGGAACUCGCACUCAAGCUAGGUGCAAAACCUCCAAAAAAUGAGUAUGUGAACUAUAAAGACCUCCUUGUUAUCAACAAGGAAAAGAAAAUCAAAGAGGAAGAGAAGCGUGAAAUGGAUAGAAAGCUUGGAUUACGUGUCACAAAGGCUAAGAAGAAAGAAACAAAGAAGAAAAGUAAAGAUGACAUUGGAUAUCUUGAUGGGCAAAUUGGCAGAUACAGAAGUGGAGUACAAGUCAUUGACAAAAGGGAGAUCAGAGCUAUGUCAAAGGGCAAGAAACAAUCUAAAUAAUUGAAGUGUACAAAAUAUUGGAUUUAAUUGCCAUAUUUAUUCUUAUUACAAUGAUAUAAGCAUUUGUUGGGUAAAAUGUGUUAUCCAUACCAAGUAUGUUGUAAUUAUGUGCAUCAAUGUGUUACACCAGAAAAAAACGAAUUAAGAAUAAAGUGAUUAAUAUCUGAAAUAAAGCACCUCAUUUUGUGUGGUUUUGGUAAUGAACAUUUAUUAUUAUCAUAAUCAAGUGAGGUCAAAUAAAGGGUUUAAAGGUAAAAUGAUAAAAUCCAUUUUUAUCCUUCAAAACAAAUUUCAAGUUUGGAUAUAGAGAAGCUGUCUAUUUGUCCUUUCAUCCAUCCAUUUAUUU